GAGGCAAGUCAGCUUCAUUAUACUCUAGAGCACAAGCCUAUUAAAAAAAAGACUCUAGAGCACAACCUCCUCUUACUUAACACCUCAAAUUAAUCAUUCCUCACUAACCAUGUCAAGGGACCCACUGGUCGUAGGACAUGUAGUUGGCGACAUUUUGGACCCAUUUAUCAAAUCAGCACCACUUAGGGUUCUAUACAACAACAAGGAACUGACCAAUGGAUCAGAGCUCAAGCCGUCACAAGUAGCAAAUGAACCACGGAUUGAAAUUGCUGGGCGCGACAUGAGGAACCUUUACACUCUGGUGAUGGUGGAUCCAGACUCACCAAGUCCAAGCAACCCAACAAAAAGAGAAUACCUUCAUUGGUUGGUGACAGACAUCCCAGAAUCAGCAAAUGCUAGCUAUGGAAACGAAGUUGUCAGUUAUGAAAGCCCAAAGCCAACUGCUGGAAUACAUCGCUUUGUCUUUGUACUCUUCCGCCAAUCUGUCCAGCAAACUGUUUAUGCACCAGGAUGGAGACCAAAUUUCAACACGAGAGACUUUUCUGCGCUCUAUAAUCUUGGACCACCUGUGGCUGCAGUGUUCUUCAAUUGCCAAAGGGAGAAUGGGUGUGGAGGCAGACGAUACAUUAGAUAAAUAUCAGAUCACUGAUAGUGCUCUGCGAGAAGGAAUAUUAAUUUAACGUGAGAAGAUGCACAAGGUCAAGCACAUCGCAAAGCAAUAGUAAAUGCUGGGUCUUGAAAUGUAGCUUCAUUUGAAAAAUUACUUUGCGAAAUCUGCAAGUGCAAAACAAGACACUUCGAGAAUGAAUUUAGCUUACAGUCUCACGGUUUUGGACAACUGUCUACGUCUUCAGCGAGGGAAACUUGAUGUUGAUGUAUACAAAAUAUUAAUGUUUCGGUCGUGUUUAAAAGUACAUACCUCACAUCACACUAACAAGUUGGCUGCAGGGUAGCACAACAUUAUGCCGCGUGUCCCUUAAAAACACUUCAGUCCCCGUAGCUUUUCAAUAAAUCUUCACGGAGUAAUCGAAAUGUGCAUCCAGACUUCCUUCGUGUAGAUGCAAUCUUUACACAAAUGGACGGCAGUCUCACUCUCCUGCUCACACAUCCGACAUAUUUGAU